CUUCACCUCACUAUACAGACUGACAUUCCCCACAUGCUUCGUCCGUCCACUCGCCUUAUCAGCAGCAUUCGCUUAGCGGCCACACCAGCUGCCAAUGCAACAUUGCGAUGCCAACGUAAUUUCUCAUGGUCAGUUCAACGCUUGGCUGAGGAACCUCCAAAGGCCACCGAAGAAGCGACAGUCGAACCAACCGCCGAAGCUACCGAAGAAGCCGCUGAAGAGGUCGAGCCGAUCAAGUUAUCUCGCCGAAGACGAAAAUUUCAUGCCUGGGUACAAAAGGAAGGAAGCACAUUUGCUCGACCGUCACAAGGAGGUGCCAAUUACCUUGACGAAACGCCUUUUCCCAACAACAAGCUCUUCAAACCGAGACCCCCACUUUCCGAUGCUCGUCGCGAAGAGAUCUAUAACACUUACAUUUCCGAUCCUGAACAAUGGACCAUCCGUCAGUUAGCCACCAAAUUCAGCCUUUCCCUGAAGCGUGUAGAAGCUAUUUUGAAGCUGAAAGCGGCAGAGAAGGAGAUGGAACAAAAUGGUGUUGUUUUACAGCGAAAGUUCACCAAGGCGAUGGAGCAAUAUAUGGGUACUGAUCAUGCCAUUCAAAACUUGGAGGAACCUUUGAUCGAUCUUUUCCCUCGCAUUAACAAGCCUCGAUUUGAGAUUUUGGAAGAAGAUGCGCCUUUUACACCAGAGGAUGCUGCCAAAGUGCUCAACCGCAAGCCUUACAAACUUCUUGAAAAAGAAGCCAUCGAGUCUGAGCAGGCCCAUUUCGAACUACCAUCCAAAAGCAACAAUCAAGCCAAUGUCGCGGCCGGCAAACGACAUAAAUUUGUGAUCGUCGAUACAAGCAGUUAGAUUUUAUUCACCAUCUCCUCCUUUCGUUCUCUAUAAUUUUUUAAAAGUAAAAUGGCAUGCAUUAGAAAUCAUAUACGGAUACUGGA